AUGCAGUUGCAUAUCGGUACUUCGUCAAUGGGCCAUAAGAGCAUGGACUAUGAAUUGACGUUUUUGCUGCGUCGCCACGCGUUCGCAUGUAUAUGGGUUCGCUCUACUUGGGUGACAAAGCAAAACCGUUGGCUCCCAUUCGAGACUAUUAUCCUAUUCGUGAUUACGUUGGGUCGGGAACUGGCCACUUGGUUUAGUCGCCGCGGGGACUCCAAAGCGGUAAAUACGGAGGCGCAGAUCCUGCUUCGCAUCAUUUAUCGUCAGGAUUGCGAUUUAAAAAUGGUGCAGCAAGAUUUGACUUAG